GUCAUUUUGUCCCUCCAAGCUAAUAGUAUAAAUUUGUACUUAUUGUAUACCAACGAUCAAUUUUAACUGUACUCAACUAAAGAGGAGCAAUGAUGAAGGAAGUAAAGAGCCAAAUGAAGGUUGGGGUCGCAAUUGAAGUGCUAUGGAGGAAUUAUGCAAAAGAAAUAAGCUUUAUCCUUCCAAAACUUGCUCCCAAUUUAGUGCGUAGUGUUGAAGUUAUUGAAGGAGAUGGUGGCCUUGGUACUGUUUAUCUGAUCGACCUUGGCUCUGAGAAAUCAAGUCUCGGAUACCAGAAGGAGAAAGUUACAGUAUUCAACGAGUCCCUGCAUCAGAUUGGGAUGCAAGUGAUCGAAGGGGGACACCUGAAUCAUGGAUUCACUUCUUACACAACUGUUAUACAAUUUAAUGCAGUUGGAGAAUCAGAGACUGGUGUGGAUGUUAAGGUUCUAUACGAAACUGAAGCAGAAGAAACUAGCAUGCCAGAGGAAACUGCAAAAGCAAUACUUGCUUUUAUAAAACGGCUUGAGGAUUAUCUGUUAAAACAAGGCUCUUAGACUUGUUUUUAGCAAACGCUUUGAAGAUUUACAUGUAUUGAAACGAGGAUCCUGUUGAGCAUUCAGCUCUCACAGAAGUAAUAAUGAAUUGACAAAGUAGCUCUUACAUUAUGUUGUCUAGUACCCAUACAAUAUCUCGAACACGUUUACCAUUUCAGAGAGAGAGGGAUAUUCAUUUUCUUGACUCGUCUCCUCGGCCUGCAUAUUAUUCGAUAAGAAACACUUCGUCCUUAUCGCAAUGAAUAAAACUUUUCUAUAAGAUCCCUCCAAAACCAAAGGCUGAACAAAAAUAGUUUAUAUGCAGGAUCAAUUAAUAAACCACCUAAAUACACAAACCAUAAAACAGUCCAGGAAAGGUACACAAAUCGGAAUCUGCCUAAUAAUUCCAACACUAAAAAUAAACGCUACAAAUCAAGCUCACAAAGAAAUUCAU